AUGGAUCCGGAGACGCCUGCGUCCGCUUUCAAUAUAGACGGUGACGCUAAAAGAGUCGUGCCUGCCCCCGGGAUUCCCCCAGUUGUGAACGGGUUCGACGAGAAUGCGGUGGAGGCGGCGCUGCGGCUCAAGGACGGCGGAGAUGCCGCAAAGAUAACCGUCAUAUCGAUGGGUAGCGGCUUCGUGAUGGACGUAAUGAAAAAGCCGCUGUCGAUGGGGGCCGAUGAACUGAUUCUGAUUGAUGACGAAGCGCUGAGCACACUCGAUGCCUAUGCAACUGCAGCGGUGUUGGCUGAGGCUAUAAAGAAGGUUGGCGAAUAUGACGUCGUCCUUUGUGGCAGGCAAGCAUCCGAUUGGGACCAGGCGCACGUGCCUCUGGGCAUAGCGGAAAUGCUGGAACUCCCCUGUGUUACGCUGGCACAGAACAUUGAGGUCGCCGGAAGUGGCAUUGUGGUGCAGCGGGCACUAUCGGACGGUUACGAAGUCGUGGAGGCACCACUGCCCGCGCUGGUUACAGUGACCAAUGAGCUCGGAGAGCCGCGUUAUCCCACACUGCGGGGUAUAAUGCAGGCGAGCCGUAAGCAACCCACAAGAUGGAGUACCGCAGAUGUGGGGCUGGACGCUGAAGCGCUUGAACCCAAACUCACGCUUACGGAGCUUUUCAUUCCAGUGAGCGACAAUCAGGUUGAAGUAAUAGAGGGAGAGGAUGACGCGGAUGCUGGCAGGAAUCUGGCUCUGCGGCUGCGUGAAGAGAGGCUGAUUUAG